AUGAGCGGAACAUCUAUGGCAUCACCUGCUGUGGCAGGGACUAUUGCCAUGUUCAUGGGAAUGGGAGACACAGUUGAAGCCGCUAUGGAGAAAGUGACUGCACUAGCGACUGUGGACGCCAUUGACCGUCGUUCGACACUGGUCAAACCACGGAGCCCUAAUCUCAUCGCAUACAACGGACUGGAUCUCGGGAUCCGUAAAGAGUACGUCGACGACGACAGUGCCAACGGAUCUGACGACGAUACGGAAUCGCUGUUGAACGAAAACCUGUCGACAACGGAAAAAAUAUACUCGUCGCUGCGAAACCUCAACGGCCGCUCGCCUGCAAAUACUACCGAUAUCUAA